AUGCACUUCACCACCACCUUCCUCGCUACGCUGGCCCCUCUAGCCCUGGCCAGCAACGCCAUCGUCCAAAACGCCUGCACCGACCCCGUCUACCUCUGGUCCGUAGGUGGCUCCGUCGGCGAGGGUCAAACCAUCAACCCAGGCGCGAACUACACUGAAACAACGCACUACGACGAUGUCUCGGGCGGCAUCGCCCUCAAGAUCACCCGAACUGAGAACGGGCUGUACGACGGCAGCCCGCAGACCAAUUUCCAGUACGCGCUGACCGACCACCUGUACUAUGAUCUGUUUGAUGUCUACGGUGACCCGUUCUCGGGUAGCACUUUGGUUGUGCAUCCGUCGCUCGAUACUUGCAGCAGUAUCUGUUGGGAUGGGGGUGUGGAAACGUUGGCUACGAGUCAGACCGAGGCUUGUAGUACGGAUGCGGAUAUUACGCUGACGUUGUGUGCGGAGUCCUGCUAG